UGAAACAGCCGCGGCGCGAUCCGGCCCGGACCUCGUGCGUCGUGCUCCAUACCGUGAUAAGACGUGCACUACACUACUACAGUGGACAGGUCGAACAAUCAACGACAAAACCAAUAACGGCAAUAACCAUUAGCCGACGGAAAUUCUUGUAGGACAUGUAGUUACUGAAUUUAAUUUUUUUUAAUUUGGUCUUUAACACCUUCAAAUUUGAUCAAUUUGAGUAGUAGACAUUUUCGAGAUGAACUCGAUUAAGAAAAAUAUUCAAGACACAUAUGCUAAGGAAUACCUGGCGCUUAAUAAAAGAAAUGAUGGUAGAGAAUUAAUGAACUUUCGAGAUGCAUCACUAAAUUUGAACACCAUACAUACAGCAGAUGGAUCGGCAGCAGUAAAAAUUGGGAAUACAGCUGUUGUUUGUGGCAUUAAAGCAGAACUAGGUGUUCCUAAACCUGAAACUCCAGAUAUUGGAUAUCUUUCAGUGAAUGUUGAACUACCUAGCCUAUGCUCUAAAAAAAUUCGACCAGGUGUUCCAUGUGAUGAAGCGAUGCAAACUACUAGUUUCCUUAAUGAAGUGUGUAAUAAUUGCAAAAUAUUAGAUUUACAACAAUUAUGUAUUUCUGUAGAUAAAUUAGUAUGGGUCUUGUCGUGUGAUAUAUAUUGUUUGAACUAUGAUGGAUCUGUUUUAGAUGCAUGCUUAAUAGCCUUGUUGUCAGCACUAAAAACAGUUAAGAUACCAGAAGUAAAAUACAACAAAGAAACUGAAGAAACACAUGUAAUUGAAAAUUACAUUCCAUUAAAUGUUAACAGUUUACCAGUAUCAUCAACUUUUGGAGUCUUUAGUGAAAAAUAUAUUUUAGCUGAUCCAACUGAAGAAGAAGAGCAACUAUGUGUUAGUAAAUUGACAGUUGUGACCAAUGGUUCCUUAUUAUUUUCAUUGCACAAACCUGGAGGAGAAUUCAUAAAAGAUAGCCAAAUUCAAAAUUGUAUUAGACUCGCUCAAAACAGAACUAAAACAAUUCAUCAAUUAUUAAAAGCUGCUCAAUAAAAUAACUGUUAUAAAAUUAUAAAUAUAUUUUUAAAUGUGUAAUAUUA